AGAUCUCAGGACCCGGGGAUCAUGCCCUGAGCCAAAGGAAGAUGCAUAACCGACCGAGCCACCCAGGCACUCCAAGAAAUUAUCUUAUGGUAGAGAGAUUAUUGGCCUGAGAAGUUUUAAGUUAUGAACUCUGAUCUGUUUAUCAGUUAUCUGUUUAAUCUCUAAGUCUCACUUUGCUCAAGUGUAAAAUGAAGGUAUAAGAAAUUCUGCAGAUUUGGGAGUUACUGUAGAAGCAUUCUGAGCAGCAGGAGACCUGCUAGAAAAGGUUUGAAGAUUGAGAUGAGAAUGCAGUGGUAGAAGAGAGAAGAGGUGUGUAGCUGUAGUUAAGGUAGGAGGAUAAAAUAUUAAAACUGGACUUGAGUUUGACUAUUUUCUGGGCCAGAAUAUUUUUUGAAGGAGUGUUAGUAUCAACCAGACCCCUGGGAUUCCUACCUUUCUAUCUGGAGGUAUGACUGCAUAUAUUUGUGUAGAUUUUCUUGGAACAUAAACAAUGGAUUCCUUGGACCAUAUGCUGACGGAUCCCUUGGAACUGGGUCCAUGUGGAGAUGGCCAUGGCACUCGUAUUAUGGAAGACUGCCUCCUGGGGGGCACCAGGGUUAGUCUGCCCGAGGACCUUUUGGAGGAUCCUGAGAUAUUCUUUGAUGUAGUCAGCCUCUCAACAUGGCAAGAAGUAUUGAGCGACUCUCAACGUGAACACCUCCAGCAGUUUCUGCCUCGCUUUCCUGAAGACAGUUUUGAGCAGCAAAAUCAGCUCAUCCUAGCCCUAUUCAGUGGGGAGAACUUCCGCUUUGGGAACCCUCUGCACAUUGCCCAGAAGCUUUUCCGAGACGGACACUUCAACCCGGAGGUGGUCAAGUACCGGCAGCUGUGCUUCAAGUCCCAGUACAAGCGCUACCUGACGUGCCAGCAGCAGUACUUCCACAGGCUGCUCAAGCAGAUCCUGGCCUCCCGGAACGACCUACUGGAGAUGGCCCGACGGAGUGGCCCAGCCCUUCCCUUCCGCCAGAAGCGCCCUUCACCGUCCCGUACCCCUGAGGAACGGGAGUGGCGGACCCAGCAGCGCUACUUAAAGGUCUUGAGGGAAGUGAAGGAGGAGUGUGGUGACACAGACCUGUCAUCUGAUGAAGAGGAUCUCAGCUCAUGGCUUCCGAGCUCUCCAGCGCGUUCUCCUAGCCCUGCGGUGCCCCUGAGGGUGGUGCCCACGCUUUCAACCACGGAUAUGAGAACCGCAGAUAAAAUAGAACUGGGGGACAGUGACCUGAAGAUAAUGUUAAAGAAGCACCAUGAGAAGCGGAAACAUCAACCAGAUCAUCCGGACCUUUUGACAGGGGACCUCACUCUCAAUGACAUCAUGACUCGAGUAAAUGCCGGCAGGAAGGGCUCUCUAGCAGCCCUAUAUGACUUGGCUGUCCUUAAAAAAAAGGUUAAGGAAAAAGAGGAGAAGAAGAAGAAGAAAAUAAAACUGAUCAAAUCAGAGGCAGAGGAUUUGGCCGAACCCUUAAGCAGUGCUGAUGGGAUCCCACCUCUCUCCCAGGCCCCUUCUCCGCUGGCUAUACCUGCCAUCAAGGAGGAGCCCCUUGAAGAUCUCAAACCUUGCCUUGGAAUCAAUGAAAUAUCUUCCAGUUUCUUCUCUCUUCUGUUAGAGAUCUUGCUGCUAGAGGGGCAAGCUAGCCUUCCUAUGCUGGAGGAACGGGUUUUGGAUUGGCAGUCCUCUCCUGCCAGCUCCCUCAACAGCUGGUUCUCUGCGGCCCCCAACUGGGCAGAGUUGGUGUUACCAGCUCUGCAGUAUCUUGCUGGGGAAAGUCGGGCCGUACCUUCCAGUUUCUCUCCGUUUGUUGAGUUCAAAGAGAAAACCCAGCAGUGGAAAUUGCUUGGCCAGGCCCAAGAUAAUGAAAAGGAAUUAGCCGCACUCUUCCAGCUAUGGCUAGAAACCAAAGACCAGGCUUUCUGUAAGCAAGAAAAUGAAGACAGCUCAGAUGCCACAACACCUGUACCUCGGGUAAGAACUGAUUAUGUGGUGCGGCCCAGCACGGGGGAGGAGAAACGAGUUUUUCAGGAGCAGGAACGCUACAGAUACAGCCAACCUCAUAAGGCGUUCACCUUUCGCAUGCAUGGCUUCGAAUCUGUAGUGGGGCCUGUGAAGGGUGUUUUUGACAAGGAGACCUCACUCAACAAGGCUCGGGAGCACUCCCUGCUACGCUCUGACCGGCCUGCCUAUGUCACCAUCCUGUCUCUUGUUCGAGAUGCUGCGGCCCGGCUGCCUAAUGGGGAAGGUACCCGGGCAGAGAUCUGUGAGCUGCUCAAGGACUCCCAGUUUCUUGCCCCAGAUGUCACCAGCACCCAGGUGAACACAGUGGUGAGUGGAGCGCUGGAUCGGCUGCAUUAUGAGAAAGACCCGUGUGUGAAAUACGACAUCGGGCGAAAGCUGUGGAUCUACCUGCAUCGAGACCGGAGUGAGGAGGAGUUCGAGCGGAUUCACCAGGCACAAGCUGCUGCAGCGAAGGCGCGGAAAGCCCUUCAGCAAAAACCCAAGCCCCAGUCCAAGGUGAAAUCCGGUAGCAAGGAGAGUUCACUGAAGGUCCUCAGCAGUGGUCCCUCCGAGCAGAGCCAGAUGAGCCUCAGUGACUCCAGCAUGCCACCCACCCCGGUCACACCUGUGACCCCCACCACUCCAGCUCUGCCUGCCACUCCGAUCUCCCCUCCACCUGUGUCAGCAGUGAACAAAAGUGGCCCUGCUACUGUCUCAGAACCAGCUAAAUCUAGCUCAGGUGUUCUUCUGGUGUCUUCACCAACAAUGCCACAGCUAGGAACAAUGCUUUCCCCGGCUUCCAGCCAGACUCCACCAAGUUCUCAGGCCCCCGCCCGUGUCGUGAGCCACUCUGGCUCGGCUGGACUGCCCCAGGUACGGGUGGUGGCCCAGCCGGGCCUUCCCACUGUGCCUCAGCAGUCCACGGGGCAGACACAGACGCUGCCCCAGAUGCCGGCGGGACCACAGAUUCGCGCUCCAGCCAGCGCUCCACAGACCAAAGUCAUGCCCCAGACAGUUAUGGCCACUGUUCCAGUCAAAGCGCAGACUGCGGCAGCCACUGUGCAGCGUCCUGGCCCCGGGCAGACAGGGCUCACUAUGACCAGUCUCCCUGCCACAGCCAACCCCGCAAGCAAGCCAGCCACGAGUUCUCCCGGAAGCUCCGCUCCAAGUGCUUCCACGGCUGCUGUCAUUCAGAAUGUCACAGGACAGAACAUCAUCAAGCAGGUGGCCAUCACUGGGCAGCUCGGUGUGAAGCCCCAGACGGGCAACAGCAUUCCACUCACAGCCACUAACUUCCGUAUCCAGGGUAAGGAUGUCCUGCGUCUGCCACCCUCUUCCAUCACCACAGAUGCCAAAGGCCAGACGGUUCUGCGAAUCACUCCGGACAUGAUGGCCACAUUGGCCAAGUCCCAGGUCACGACAGUCAAAUUGACCCAGGACCUCUUUGGGACAGGAAGCGGCACUGCGGGCAAAGGCAUUUCUGCUACCUUACACGUCACUUCCAAUCCGGUCCAUGCCACGGAGAGCCCUGCCAAGGCCAGUUCAGCCAGUGCCCCUUCGUCCACUCCAACAGGUACCACCGUGGUUAAAGUGACUCCUGACCUCAAGCCAACAGAAGCCUCAAGUUCAGCUUUCCGCUUGAUGCCAGCACUUGGUGUGAGUGUGGCAGACCAGAAGGCGAAAAACACGGUGGCUUCUUCAGAAGCAAAACCGGCUGCCACGAUCCGCAUCGUGCAGGGCCUGGGAGUGAUGCCCCCCAAAGCAGGCCAGACCAUCACAGUUGCGACCCAUGCCAAGCAAGGGUCCUCAGUGGCCAGUGGGUCUGGAACUGUCCAUACUUCAGCGGUGUCCUUGCCCAGUAUGAAUGCUGCUGUGUCCAAGACUGUGGCCGUGGCUUCUGGGGCUGCCAGCACGCCCAUCAGCAUCGGGACGGGAGCCUCUGCAGUGCGGCAGGUCCCUGUCAGCACCACGGUGGUUUCCACGUCCCAGGCUGGGAAGCUGCCCACGAGGAUCACGGUUCCACUGUCUGUUAUUAGCCAGCCUAUGAAGGGCAAAAGUGUGGUCACGGCCCCCAUCAUCAAAGGCAACCUUGGAGCCAACCUCAGUGGGUUGGGCCGCAAUAUCAUCCUCACCACCAUGCCAGCGGGUACUAAGCUCAUUGCUGGCAAUAAGCCUGUGAGUUUCCUCACUGCCCAGCAGUUGCAGCAGCUUCAGCAACAAGGUCAGGCCACACAGGUACGCAUCCAGACUGUCCCCGCAUCCCAUCUUCAACAGGGAACAGCUUCUGGUUCCUCCAAAGCAGUCUCCACUGUCGUCGUGACCACAGCUCCAUCUCCUAAACAGGCACCUGAACAGCAGUGAUUCAGGGAGAGAGAGAUGGCAUCCGUGCACGCACUCAUGCACGCCCGCCCGGUCUGCCCUCCUGGCCGA